AUGGACAUCGACAAAGAGUUCCGCCAGGUUGAUGAGCUCGAUAUUGGACUGGAUCGGUCACAUAUCACGUAUCAAGGUCAGAUCGAAGUAACCGGAAGUCGCUCCGAAAGUAGCAAUGACGACACACCUCACUCACACGAUCCGUCGCCUGUAUCAUCCACUAGUAGGAUAGUCAACAAGGUUCGCCAAAAGAAACACAUCGCCGGUGUCAAGAUCAGAAAGACUUUGCAUAUUGCAAAGGCUGAAGAUGAAAUCGAUGAGCCUGAUCCUGAUUCGCUGGUGCUGGUCGAUACGACGGAAGGAAAGCAGUCGAAGUCACGUCUUGACCACAAGUCCACGGCCUCAGAGAAACAUACUUUCAAGGACCUCCUACAUAAUCCGAUUGAUACUGUGAAAUCUAAGGGAUGGUGUCAAGGAAACCAAGAAGUCGCAGCAAACAUAGCUGUGAGCGAAGUUCCUCAUGGCCAGGAAGUGGACUUGGUUAAUGCCGCGGCUGCCAUAGAACAAGCUACGACGACGGAUGAGAAGGCGCAAGCCCAGCAAACUUUCGCUGAGAUGCUCAACCAACGACAGAGCAUCUAUGUUCGAUGGUCGCUAGAUCGGCAUGUGACAAAGAUUAGGAUCCUUCCUCGAGACACCGCAGUGCUCAAGCCCAGAUCUGAUUUCGAGAAGCAGGAUGCGACAGGCCCCAGCGUCACUGACUGGAGAUCAUAUGGUUCGCACUUAUUGGACUACUACGCUCACCGAUACGGAGGUCAAUAUAUAGGCUACGGAUCCGACCCGCCAACCCCUAGCAAAGAGACAAUCAUGCCGAAUAUCGAGCGCCUUAUCGUUGCGACAUCGCCUUUCCAGGAGUUCAUCAUGACCACGCGCCGCGUAUACCGCUGGGAGAAGCCUCUCGAGACAACAAAGUACUUGGUGAUCUACCUCGUCCUUUGGUAUUUCAACCAACUACUACCAGGCAUGAUGUCAGCGCUACUGUACCUGGUUGUCGAGCGACGCUGGCACGGACAGUCCAUCCAAGACCUCCGCGAAGACAUUGAACACAGAGAAGACGUGGAGAGAACGGCAUUAUCACUUACCGAGUUUAUCGAGAAACAGGGCGACGAGAACUGGGCACACGACCUGCUUCAAGACCUUGGUCCUUGGCUUAUGGUUCAGCUAGCCGACCUGGCCAACUUCUUCGAAAGUGUCCGCAACUUCUACGAGUGGAGGAAGCCAAUGCGCACGCUGGCUGUUAUCGUCGUUAUGACUGUCGCCAUUCUCAUCACGGUCUUCACGCCUCUUUGGCUGAUCAUCAAGAUGUCUACAUUCUCUGCUGGUUUUACCUUCUUCUGCCUCUUCCCGGUCUCGGUCAACUUUCCGAGUUACCGCCUGCUUGUCUCGCCAUCUAAGCGGUUGCUCUGGAACAUACCAACACACGCAGAGUGGGCAAUUCAGUACAUACAAGCCGAAGGCCUUCGUGUAAUCACCGAGAAGCAGAACACCAACGCCAAAGCAACGAAUCCAAAGUACACAAAUGACCUCAACGGUUCUGUUCCACCAAUAAGCCAAGACUUCGCCUCCUAUCCCUCACAAUUCGAAAAAACGCCAGGCCAUCUCAUCAUCAAUGCAACAGGAGUGCGCUUCGUCGCAAAGCGUCCGCCACAUGAAGUCCGCUUCUCGCUGCCAUAUGUACAGAUCAACCAAUUGGAGAAGCAAGACCGAUAUGUGGAGAAGAUGAUCAAGGUCCUCAAGGAAUGCGAUAGAGAUCUGCGUUUUCUGGAUAGGAAUGGCCAUGAGUGGAUCUUGCAUGAAGUCGAGAAGAGAGACGAGGCGUUCAGUCAGAUAGUCGGAUUCAGUCGGACGACAUGGCAGGUUUUGUGGUAG